UCUCUAUCUCAUCAGUCACAGAGACAGUCACUGCACUCGAACACAACUCACUCCACUCACUCACCCCCACCCACUCCCACGCGCACUCUCUGCCUCUCCUCCGCGCAGAGAGUCGCCGCCGCCGCCGCAAUGGCCGAACGGAUCUCCAUUCCCAAAAUUACCCCCGCGACCCUCCUGUACGUGCUCCUCCUCACCCUCCCCGCCGCCCCCACGGCCUCCCUCAACGUCACCGCCCUCCUCUCCACCUUCCCGGAGCUCUCCGCCUUCACCGCCCUCCUCUCCUCCACCAUCGCCUCGGAUCUGGCCCAGCGCUCCGCCGUCACCGUCCUCGCCGUCCCCAACGCCUACCUCGCCUCCUCCGACCUCACGCGCCACCUCUCCCAGACCUCCCUCGCCGACGUCCUCCGCUACCACGUCCUCCUCCAGUUCCUCUCCGCCGACGACCUCCACCAGAUCCCCUCCUCCGGAGCCCUCUUCACCACCCUCUUCCAGACCACCGGCCGCGCCACCAGCAACUUCGGUUCCGUCAACAUCACGCGCGACCCCUCCACCGGCGCCGUCUCCGUCCGCUCCCCGGCCCCUUACUCCCCCUCCAACGCCUCCCUCCUCGAGCCCAUCAAGGCCGUCCCUUACAACCUCUCCAUCUUCACGGUCAAUUCCCUCCUCCUCCCUUACGGCUUCGACCUCAUGGCCUCCGAGACUCGCCCUUCGCUGGACCUCAACAUCACCAAAGCCCUAAUCGACGGCCACAACUUCAACGUCGCCGCCUCGAUGCUCGCCGCCUCCGGCGUCGUCGAGGAAUUCCAGGCCGACGAGGGCGGCGCCGGGAUCACCCUCUUCGUCCCCACCGACAGUGCCUUCACCGAAUUACCUUCCAGCCAGAGCUUGCAGUCCCUGCCCGCGGACAAGAAGGCCGUGGUGCUCAAGUUUCACGUCUUGCAUUCUUAUUACCCUCUCGGCUCUCUGGAAUCGAUCGUGAAUCCGUUGCAACCCACAUUGGCGACGGAGGACAUGGGAGCUGGGAGCUACACCCUCAACAUCUCCCGGGUCAACGGAUCGGUCGCGAUCGACACAGGGAUUGUUCAGGCCACGGUGACGCAGACCGUCUUCGACGAGAACCCUGUGGCGAUUUUCGGUGUCUCGAGGGUUCUAUUGCCAAGGGAGAUCUUCGGGAAGAAUCCGUCAGCGGGUUCGAAGUCCGGCGGCGCGAUCAUGACCGCGGCUCCGCCGCCCGACAUCACACCCUCGCCCGAGAAUUCGCCCGGGGGUUUCGACGGGCCGCCGCCGGUAUCCAGGGAAGAGAUUCGGUCGGGGAGCUCUGUGGCCGGCGUGCAGAGACUGAUGCUGGUUUUGUGUUGUAUAGUAGUGUAUUUAGCUGUGUGAGAUUAAACACCCAUUUUUUGGCUCAUUCUUAUCUUCCUAUAAAAUUUUUCUUGCUAAGCCUGUUAAUUAUUGUUGAUUUUGAUAAUUCUUUUUUGUUCUUCUUACACGGUGGAUUGAAUUCGGCUUGCGAAAGCUGACGAUUUUUUCUUCUCUGCUGAAGAAAAGGAGAAGUGGAAUUUUGUGUUGAAAAUGUUGCAAUAAGGAGCACCAAUUUUUGAUUCCUGCGAUCUGCAUUCUGUUGUCGGACUGAUGCUACCUGUCAUGCACUCAUUGCAAAGUGCCUAAAUUGAGAAGGAAAUCGAAAGGGGUUCUGAGAGAUCUGCAAUCCUUUCGCCCCCUUCUUUGAACGAGCUCGAGAUGAAACCCGGAAGCUCCUCCAGUAGCAGCUGGAAUCGUGAGGGAGAACGAAGUUGAAGCGAUCACGUGAAGUCCUUGUGGAUAAAGAGCGGCGGAUUGAAUGGGGGAGAUGCAAGUUAGUAGUGUACUGCCAUCGCCUCCUUCUUUGGUAAAGAAACAAACCCCAUCAUCAUUCCUUAUCCUUUCUCAACCCCUUCCUUAAAGAUCUGCAUUCUUUCAGCAACGUCCGUGCUUCAGAUGGAACCACACAUUCCUUUUCUUUCUCUGUCUGUUCGGUUUGGCUGCUGAGAAAAUGCUAGAAAAUAAUUGUUGGGUUUUUUCUUC